AACGGAAACAGAGACCAAAGGCGCGCGGUACGAAUCGAGUGUCGUGACCUUCCACAACAAAAAAAAAUAGGGUUUUCGGUUGUAUACACAAUUCGUCAGUCGUUGACUAACUGGCCGCUGUAGAGGAGUUAUUCGGGCAGAUGGGUCCCGCUUUAGUGGCUAUUGCCGUUGUGAAGAGGUGCGUGAAUAUAUGCAACGUCCGCCGGGACAACAAAAAGCGGCCGUUGCAGAGAGGUGCCUGUUCUCGGAGGUCCUCAACGGUAGUUCACUCAACAUUCCCAGCUAUCUUUUUUUGGCUUAUCUUAACGUCAUCGAUUGUAAAUUUCCUUUGUGAUUUUCCCCAAUAAAAGUUCUUUUGGGUUCAAUUUGGAUACAUUGUGAAGGCCUAAAGAGCACCAGACGCGAUGUUCACCCGCUGGAUGCGGAUGGGACGUUCGCAUCCCCAUGGAAGUUUAAGAUGGGACUGCAAUUUCUUUGUUUUACUGGAAGCAGUCCACGUGAUUGUCUUAUCAUUCAGAGCACUCCUUUAAUUUAUUCCCCUCAUAUUAAUGUGUCUGUACAUAUCAGUAGGUGAUCAUGACAUAAUGUGGUGCUAUUUUCAGUUCUCCAGUACGGCUUUGUGACCAUGUUUGUGUCCGCCUUCCCGCUCGCACCACUCUUCGCACUCAUUAACGCCGUCUUGGAGAUUCGAGUGGAUGCUAUCAACUUUGUGUCUUACCACCGAAGGCCACAGACCAUUCGCGUUGAAGAUAUAGGGGCCUGGUACGGAGUACUGGAGGCAGUGACCAAAGUGGCAGUCAUAAUGAACGCAUUCGUAUUGGCAUUCACCUCUGAUUUCAUUCCCAAGCUCCUCUACAAAUACAAGUAUGCGCCGGACCAUGAUUCACCGGGAGGAGGCACCUUAAAAGGAUACCUCAACAACAGCCUGGCUGCGAUUGAUCUUAAGACCCUUUACACUUGGGAGCCUGGAACAGAACCUGUGAACCCUACUGAAAACGUGAAUUAUACCAGAGACUACUGCAGGUAUUCUGGUUACCACGACAGCACCUACCCUUACAACUACUCCGAGCAGUACUGGAAUCUGAUUGCUGCUCGACUCGCCUUCGUCGUGGUGUUCUUCUUCGUGGUACACUCAAUAACCGCCAUGAUAGCUUGGAUCGUUCCUGAUGUUCCUGAGAACCUGAAGUUUAAGAUGGAAAGAGAGAAGCAAGUGGUCAAGGAAAAACUAGGAGUCGCCAGCGAUGACGAAGAAAGUGAAGAUGAAGAAGAUAAAACGGGUACAACUUCGCAAAAACCAGUGCUUAAAUCUGACAUUUAGUUAAGGCCUAAUGCUCCGACGAUGCCUUUCCCUAAUCAUAUCAUGAUAACAAAACGGUGUCUAGUGAACAUGCAUAUCACGGCUACUUUGGAAUACUUCGUAAGACUAAGGGUAACAGCUGCAUUUGUUGGUCAAACUAGUAUACAGAGUAGAUUGACUGUACUGCAUAUCAGUGAGAGUAGAUUGACAAAGCACAACAGUGUUGUGGCUCAGUGGUAGAGGGAUUUCACCAUAAUCGGAAAUUUCAUAUUUUCGAACAAUAAAUACUGAAAGUAUAGCUAAGAUUUAAUCUUUUUGAUAAGGCAGAGGCCGUGAAAAGAAAAACUUUAACCUAGCUUAUGGUUAUUUGGGUUUCUUGUCUGCGUUUUAAUAUCAGGUUUUGCUGCACUUUCAAAACAAACGCCUCUUUAAACUCAUCAGGCUACUGAAAAAAAAAAAAGAAAAAAAACGUCCAACAAUAGUCAGUGGUUCAAUGUAGUAAAAUACUAUCCAUCAUAAGAGGCAAUUUAAUUUUGGGUUAAUCUAUACACCUGGAGCAUGGUGAAAACGGGGUCUCAAUCGAUAGAGCUCUGUCAAUGAUGACAGUGGAACCGAGUAAGUCUGCGGUGUAAGAGGUCUCUUGGUCUGCACCAUGAACGUGAAAACAUGUGUGAAAAUAAGUGAGUGGGUGCACUUCAGGAGUUUGAAACUUUAAGCCGCGACACAUUGAGUUCGUUUUUGCUACGACAGCUUCCGUUUUUGCUCUCCACACUAACUGGCGAGGUAGGGCUAGCGUUUUCAUAUGUCUCCAUUCUGAAGAACUUUUUUAAAAUAUACGUUUACUCACGAAAAUGCAUCAAAAUGUACAUGAUAUCAAAUGAAAACGCACCAGUUUGGACAAAUACAAUGAACUGAAUUUAUCGUUUGAAGUUUCAGUUUCCUACUCCAAAACCUUCUAAACUAGCUAGUUUUGUGGAUUACAGGCAAUAAAAUCUGUUUAGUGAGCUAC